AAUAGUUUGGAAAGAGAUGUAUUACGGGAAAGGCAAGCAAGACAACGAGCUGAACUUUUGGAGAAGAUACACGAAACACCUCCCCAACCCAUUUUCAGUGAACCAAUUAAGGUGGAUCCUUCCUUGGAAGAUGAAACCACUAGGCGCAUUAAGAGCACAUUAGGUGAUUUUAACCAAGUACAACAUUACCUUGUUACUGAUCCAAAGCAUUUAAUUGGAAUUUCCAGAUCUGGUUUAAUAUCUAGCCAUAACAAUGGCAAUAAUUCAAGUUCUGGUCAACAACACACUACUACUAAAGAUGGAGUAUGGACACAUUCAAAUCGAAAAUUAGGAUUAGUGAAUGGACAGAAUAAAGUCAGUCACAAGAGUGGAAAUCAUGAAGAACGAAAACACAGUAAUAACAAUAAAUAUAAAAGCAAAAAUUCUUAUCAAACUGUAAAUGAAAAUAAGUCAAAACAAAAAGUUCAGAUAGAUUCUCAUGAGGCAGAUAAAUCAUUUGAUAAAGGAAUUAAUAAUAAACAUAAAACUACAAAAUCAAGUGCCUUUCCAAAUACUGAAAAAACAUUAACAGAUGAUCUGUGUAAGGAACGGCUAGGAAAUGCAACGAGUGUUGAAGUACAAAAUAAAACUGAAAAUAUUUCAAAACAGACUAAUGUAGAUCAGAACGAUAGUGGAAAUGAAAAACUGCAACAGAUAGAAAAUAUUUUACAGGAAAUGAAAGUUCCAAUACCAACUUUAUUAACCGCAAUUUGCACACCUGAAAGAGAAGAAACUUCAUUUCAUUUUUCUUCAAUUGAGGAACGAAAUAUAUAUUCAAAAAAUGUGGCAGAUCAAAAUGCCGUUAUUGAACAAAACACAGACUCUACACAUUCAUUAUUUAACUUAAGAGAAGAUCUUGAAGUGAGUGAAAGUGAUGAUGAAAUGGAACAUGAUUUGACAAGGACAAAUUCAGUUCUUAAUUCAGUACUUUCGUCUCCAAACUUCGAUAUUCUUCAUCCGCCACCACCUAUUGGUGCAAUGUCAUCAUCAACAAAAAGUUCUGACGAAUCAGAAAUGUCUGAAUUAGAAUUUGAAGAAACUGGAAAUUCUCCAGCAAAUAGUAUUUUAGAUCAUUCGUUAAAGAAUUCAGAAGAUUGGCACAUAGAAAGCUCAUUUGGCAAUGACUGUAAUAAUACUCUUCAAAGAAGUAAAGAUACAGCAGAGGUUUUGAAUCAACAGAAUAGGGAUGGAGAAAAAGAAAAUACAAUAAACACAGAUGAAACAAAAAGGAAAUUUUUUGAUAAAGAAGUCACAAAAAGUUCAUACCAGUUACCAGAUUUUGAAGGUACUGCUGCUCAACAAAAAUUAUUUAUUUGUUCUCCAAUUCAUUCUGUCUGUGGUUCUCCUGUCUCAAUUAGUAAUAGUUUUGAAGAGAGCAAAAUUUCUAAUAGAAAUCAGUAUAACCAAGUUGAAUCUGUUCAUACUGAUAGUAAAAGUACAAAAACUAAAAAACCUAAGAAAAGAAGGAAAGAUGUCGGUUCAAGUAAUCAUUUUUCAGAAGAUUUGUAUGAUAAUUCUUGUAGAAAUGAGUCGACUUGGUCUGUGUCAAAUUCGGUUAAAACGGCUGUUGAAGAAACUGGUUCGUUAGAAAAUUUAUCAAAUGUUACAGUUGGUGAUAUUAUACUUUCUGAUCCCAUACAGACUCAUAAUGAAAAGUUUAAAAAGCAUAAAUUAAAGAAAGAGAAGAGUAAUAAAAAAAUGAAGAAAGAAAAAGGGAGUAAGUUAACUGGAAACUUAACAACUAAAGAAUCCAAACGAUCAAGUACAAAAAAGAUUGAUCAGAACAAUAAAUUAGCCAAAGAUUUGCCAAAACUAGAAGAACAAAAAGCUUCAAAAGAAAGUGAAAAUAGCAUUAAAAAGAAAGGGAAAUUACAAAAAUUUAAAUCAAAAGAAUUUAUUUUAGACAGUCCAAAUGAUUCUGAUUCAGAUAAUAGCAAUAUUGAAAAACCAUUACCUCCAUCAUCAUCAUCAUAUAAUAUUAAUAAUUCUCCUUUCAAAACUAGUCUUACUGAUUCAGAAAAUUUUAGCGGAAAGUACAACAAAGGAAAAUCAAAAUCAGAAAAACAAAAUUAUGACAAUCAUAGUGAUACAUCACAAAAUGAAUUAAUUAGGGGCCUUACGUCUGAAGAAAUAACAGAUAAAUUAACAAAUUUUGAUAAUUUAAGUUCAAAAAAUGUUGCUGUUGUGAAACCAAUUAGAAUUGGAAUAACAAAUUCUGAAAUGUUAAGCAAUCCUGAAAAGUAUCAAAAUCAAGAAAACAAAAAUUCUGUUGUGGUCAGUAUAGAUUUAAAGCUUAUAGAUAGAUUACCAUCCUCUGAAAAGAAAACCCAAGAGAAAAAAAGUAAAUUAGAAAAUAGUCAUAUAAAUUUAUCUAAUGAAUAUAAUGAAUAUCAACAAACUGAACAUCAUACAAGCAUUAAGAAUGAAUGUAUAAAAGAUGUUAUUCAGAAUGAUUGUUCUUCACUUAAAAAUAAUAAAGUUGAAGUAAAUAAGACCUCAGGUAAACGUAAAAAAGACGAAGAUAAACUCAAAAGUAAAAAACAGAAAAUAAUUGAAAAGUCUUCCAGUCCAAAAGAGCCAGUUUUACCAAAAACUGAAAAAUUGAUUGAAAAAGAACAGUGGGAAGUAGUUAAAACUACUCCAAAGUCAUGUGAUAGUCCAGGUAGUGUGUGCUCAUUUUCAAGUCAACAAAGUCACAGAAGUGCAGUACACAAAAAAGAAAAAAGUGUAAAUAAAAACAAAAAAGAAAGGAAAAUUAAAGAAAGUGAACAACCAGAACAGAAAGGAAAACAUAAUGUACAGAAAGCAACUAAAAGUAAAGAAGAAAAAAUUACAAAACACAAAGUUAAGAAGGAAACAGUAGAGGAACAGAAUAGCAGCAACAUCAACAACAACAAUAAUAAUAAUAAUAUUAAUAGUAAUAACAAUAAUAUUAUUAUUAUUAAUAAUAAUAAAGAUAAAAAAAGUGAAAAUAAGCAACAAAAAAGUGAAACAUCUCAUGAAAAUGAACUUACUUCUAGUCAAGUUGGUUAUAAACCAGAAAGUAUUGAAUACGGAGAUAACAGUAGACAAGACGAAUGUGUAAAUAUUAGUCAAGACGAAACUGCAGAUUGGGAAAACUCGUGUAAUAAUUGGUCUCAUCCUCCAAAACAGGCGAAUGGCCAUGAAUACGAUCACUCAAAGUAUUUAAAUGAGGCAACAAAGUUAAAACAUCAAGCAGAUUCAGAGGUAAAUAAAAUUUUUAUUUGCUAA